AUGCAGAGUUUGCUGCUCUCCUUGAUCAUUACAAGCCUUACCCUCAAAAGUAGGUUCACUUCUCGUGGUCCAGACGAGAAAGAAGACUCUAGUGCACAAGGCCAAGCGCCGGAGCGCAAAGAGAAGAGAGACAAAAAAACUCCUGAGCCGAAUUCGAGUUCAGGUCCCCCGGCGGCAAAUGAGCUGACGAGUCCGCUAACUGAGAAGCGAACGCCUCUUGGCGACCUCAUAUCUGUGGCCUAUCCCCUCGAAGACGGCGACCUAAGACGAAGUAGUAACCCUAGAAAUGGGUAUAUUCAGGUCAACUGGGAAGGUGCCGGCAAGUUCGCUACUCUCCACCAAGUGUUGGCGUGGUCCCGCGGCCUCGUCGCGGAGGGUGAAGAGCAGGUAUCGCACCUGUGUGGCAAACCUGCUUGUCUGAUUGCUGAGCACGUCGUAAUUAAGAACGCGACGCAAAAUAAUGGACGGAAGGGUUGCGGCAUAACGGUGCCAUGUCCCCACGGAGAUUCGUGCCCUCUGUGGAUUACGACAUGCCGGCACAACCCCCCGUGUGUGAGUCGGGCUGUUGGUCCGGACGUGGAGAGAUUUCAGAAAGAGACGGAAGGCGUUACUUCAAUGGAAGAGUGGGUGAAGAAAGCCCACCAUAAUAGGAUUUGA